AUGGAGGACGUCGAUGCUUCGGCGCGCCCGGUGCACCUGGUGGUGCUGGGCGGCCGCGUGGGGAGUGGCAAGUCGUCGCUGGCGCGUGCGGCGGUGGCGACGUGGCCUGGCACGUGGCGGCGAUGCAGUCAGGAUGCGCUGGGAUCGCGGCGUGCCGUCGAGCGGGCGGCGCGUGAGGCGCUGUGGCGGGGCGAGCAUGUGCUGAUCGACCGGACGAACUUGGACCGCGCGCAGCGGGCGCACUGGCUGCGUCUGGCGCACGAGGUGCGGGCCGUGCGGCCUGUGGUGGUGUCGCUGCUGUGGCUGGAUGUCGAUGCCCGUGUGUGUCGGGAGCGCCUCGCUGUGCGGCAGGGGCAUCCGACGCUGCGUACGCCGGCGCAGGCGCAUGCGGCGCGUCGAGCGGCCGUGCGCUGA